AACAACUACGUAAGGGGCGUGGCUAUGAUUAGGGGAGGGGCUGGGCGAAGAUUGCCCUAUGAGGCGAGGGAAUGAGACGUGGCUGCGAGUUGGGGAUAGGGGUUCUCUUUGGGGGCGUGGCUUAUGGCUCCUCGUUUUCCCGCCGACGGUUGGCCACGUCACGUGACAUGGGUUGGAAGAUGGCGUCUCCCACAGACGGGACAGAUCUGGAAGCAUCUUUGCUAAGUUUUGAAAAACUUGACCGUGCCUCACCAGAUCUUUGGCCAGAACAAUUACCAGGUGUUGCUGAAUUUGCAGCUUCCUUCAAAAGUCCUAUUACUAGUUCUCCGCCCAAAUGGAUGGCUGAGAUAGAACGUGAUGACAUCGACAUGUUGAAAGAACUGGGGAGUCUCACCACGGCUAAUUUGAUGGAGAAGGUACGAGGCCUACAGAACCUAGCCUAUCAGCUGGGGCUGGAUGAGUCCAGAGAGAUGACACGGGGGAAGUUCCUCAAUAUUCUAGAGAAGCCCAAGAAGUAGCAGCUGCUUGUGGACAGGAUGUCCUGGGUUUCAAAACCAAGCUCCCUUCCCGGUGCACCUCUAACAAUGUACACCUCACUGCUUGCUUGGGAGAGACCAGAGGGUGUACCUCCAGGACUACCCUCUCCCCUGUUCCUGGCACUCUACGCGUCUGAGGACAUUCAGCAGCAAGAGAAGAAUCUGCUUUACCCAAGGAUCAUUGCAGUUACUCAAUCAGCUUUCAGACUUGAACCUUCUUAGCCUCGGAUAUUGGUAACAGCUGAGGGCAUAUCAUUCUUAAAGGUCAAAGUCCUGCUUUCUCAUUUCUGGAAGUGAUUCAGGAGCCCCAGGAUCUUACGGUUGGUUUGACUCAGUCAUGGCCGUCAGUUGUGACAUGUUGAUUGGAUGGGUUCUUUUGAAUUGUUCUUGAUCUCUUAGGAAGUGUUUUUGAUUCAAGGAGACCAGAGACCAACUAGAUUCUGGACCAGACCAUGCAGCCUGACCUGUGAACUCUCCAGUAUAUACUAAGUUCCCAGAAUCCCCAGCUGGAGAAACCAGAAUCUUCUUGAAGUGUACAUCUGUUUUUUAAAACUUCUAUACCUCUUAUGAUAGUCCCAUUUGCUUUUCAUUCCUUACUUCCCAGCCCCACCUUCCAGUUCUGACUUCAGGCAAAGGGAUCCCUGAGUCCCUCCUGGAAUUAGCUCGUAUAAUGAAAGGCUCAUCCAAGGUUGCCUUGGGUUCUAGAUCUAAAGACCAAUGUGAAGGUGACAGAAAGGACUUUCGAGUUCUAAUUAACCUGUUACAGAUUCAAGCAAGAAAGUCAGUGUAGCCUGAAAGACAAGAGAAACGGGAUGGUUUAUAGGAGUUCCCAUUUGGUUGAAAGCUAGAAGCCCUAAUUGACCUUAAAAGAACGUGCUAUGGUAUGGUGGAAUUGUCCCCUCUGGCAGCACAUAUGAGAUAGUUCAUCUAUAUAAUAGAAACACACACACAUGAAAGAGAAUCUUCUGACUUAAAUACAACUUUCAUGGAGUUCUUCACCACUUAUCUGUCUUUGUUAAAAUCUGAAAAUCUAGCCCAUGGGUAAAAUCUAUUAUGUGUGUUCUCCAUAUUUCUCGUAUAAGCCAGCCCCCAGCAUCUGAUGUUUUGAGAAGUGCAUGGAGUUUCCCAAACUUUGCACAAAAGAAUAUCCCGGGGCCGGGCGCGGUGGCUCACGCCUGUAAUCCCAGCACUUUGGGAGGCCGAGGCAAGCGGAUCAUGAGUUCAAGAGAUCGAGACCAUCCUGGCCAACAUGGUGAAACCCCAUCUCUACUAAAAA